UCAAGAAGAGGUUGUGCACUUCACUGUAAAGCUAACUCCUCAAGUGUACUAAAUAAGAUGGCAAAGAGUGUGGCAGUGAUCCUCUCUGGGUGUGGCGUGUAUGAUGGCACAGAAGUCCAUGAGGCAUCAGCUGUAAUGGUACACCUGAGUCGGGCAGGUGCCAAGGUUUCAAUGUUUGCACCUGACAGUGAGAUGAUGCACGUGGUGAACCAUUGUGAGGGUAAACCUGUGACGGAAAAGAGGAAUGCAUUGCAGGAGAGCGCCCGUAUCGCCCGUGGAGACGUCACUGAUCUGGACAAACUAGAUGUCUCUGCUUUUGAUGCGCUCAUCAUUCCAGGUGGGUUUGGCGUGGCUAAAAACCUGAGUGAUUGGGCUACCAAAGGCAAGGAGUAUUCAAUCAAACCCCAGGUGGAGAAGGUCAUCAAAGGUUUCCAUCAAGCAGGAAAGCCCAUGGGCAUGUGCUGUAUCGCCCCUGUACUCGCAGCUAAAGCUAUUCCAGGAUGUGAGCUCACCGUGGGCCAUGACAAGGAGUGUGAGAUGUGGCCGUAUGCUCAGGUUGCAAAAUCCAUGGCAGAACUGGGGUGCAAGCACUUGAAUAAGAAUGUUGGCGAGGUGCAUGUUGAUAAGAAGAACAAAUUGGUGACUACCAGCGCAUUCAUGUGCAACGCUCCCGUCCAUGAGGUCUUUGAUGGUGUGGGUGUCAUGGUCAAAGAAGUUCUCAAACUAGCCUAACUUUGUCAUUUCAACUGUCUAAAUUAAAUAUGUUUAUAUAUUCCAGUCUUUUAACCCAUCAAGGUUAAAUAUGUGUCACAAUUUAUAUCUCGCAAAACUGGUGAGACCAGUUCAUGUUCACUAAAGGAACAUUAAUGUCAAUUAUUUAAUAGAAUAACCUUUUGCGGGACUUCUGCACUGACUGUCAAUGUUUGUUUUUGUGAUAUUAUACCAGUAAAGAUUCCAGAGUUUCUAAAAACCCUUCCUUGUUCUUGAUUUCA